AUGAAAGAUCUACUAGAGUCCCAAGAAUUAGAAACACUUUUGGGGAGUAACUGUAUCUUGGUGCUUAACUUGCUUUUCGGGCCUGUGCGUUCCAUGAAUCUGCGAAAUCUUUUCUGGCAUGGUUUCGUUUCGCCACUUGAUAUCGAAGAGAUGGGACCAGAAAUUUUCCAUUUUCUGUUUUCCGUUGUUUUAAGUAUCGGCAAUGGUUUACAACAGAAGGACUAUAAAACUAGCCGUCCGUCAAAGCUUCCCGAUUUUAUUCAACAGCAAGACCUCGCAAAUGUUGUCAAUAUAGAUCCACAUAUUUCAUUGACAGACGUGAUACGCACCCAUCCAGUUCAGUUAAUUUCAUUUUCGGCUUAUUUUGAGUUUAUUGAUCGGUUGUUUUCUUUAGAUCCUGUACCGUAUCGAGAUGUACUGUGCAUGUCAUUAGUGUGCUUGGCUAUGCUGCUGCGUUAUGAGUUAGCGACUGCUUUUGAUUGGCCGGAUGGUCAGUACACCUCAGAAGAAAGAUUUUUUGUCACACUUGAUAGUAUCCUUGAACUGAAAGUGCUCAGCCUCAUUCCACAUAUAAUUUCUACAAGUCACUUGGAAGCGUUCGCCACUCACGUCAAUAAUCAUAUGUUAGCUGUGCUUUGUGAUGUCCUAAGCGCGGAACACGGACCCCGGAUACGUGAUCAUCUAAGUCACGGAGAGCUGUGGUCCGAUGGUACAAUAAAAGUUGAAAACGGCAAGUGCAUAUUUGAGUGCGCCGAGCAACAUUUCAAGCAAUCUGCUCUGCUCCUAAAAGCAUGUCUGUUGGUUCUGUUAUCACCCACAGAGAAAUCUCAAUGCGAUUCAUUUGGUCAGUGCCAGUGGUUUGCAUCUUACACUCUCGCUUUUCAUCCUCUUGCUCAGUUCGAAACCAUAAUGUCCAAAAUUCAGUCUUCUCUGGACAAUUUGAACCUCUUAACAAGUGAUGUCCAGCAUGAGUCACACUUCCGUUGGUCUUUUUCUACCUGGUUUCCCUCCACUGAGCGGGACUGUUCAAUUACAUGUAAAAUCUCAGCCAUUGACCAACUUUGGCGUAUGUUAUCAGCUUGGAAUCUGUUGCCUGGAUCUCAUGCGCAUUGGUCUAUCAGACCUCAAUCGGUUUUGCAUCGUUUCAACCUGAUCUUGUCAAAAACGAAUGAUGCACUGAAAAAGGUAACGGAAGUGAAGUGUCGUUUUUCCUCAGGCGAUAAUUUAUCCUCCAGGCAAUUGGCCUCCAAAGGUCGAUUCGAAACUUGUUUCGUAGAUGUGUACAGUUACUUCCUCUGGCUACUUCAGCUGGCUACCCUGGUCUGGAUGUAUUGGUUGGGUGGUGCGGGCGUUACUGUUGAAAACAAGUUGCAUCUGUUAACAUCCCAGUGUUUGGAUGCAAAACUACGCGGCAAGCUUAUCUUACAGCUGGACCAAACAAGUGACAAGUUAAUCAUGUGGAUUUCCAAGUCCAAAUGGGAAGCAAUUAGCUCGUUUUUUGAAAAGUUUCCCCUAGUUUAA